AUGAAGAAAUUCAAGAUGGACAAGAUGCUGGGCAGCAUCAAGCGCAAGCCUUCCACUGCCGGUAAGCCCAUUGUUGCCUAUGGUUAUAGUCGAUCGCAGCCUGCUGACAAGAGCUUGGCGCCGCGCUCCCCAGGCACCAACGGCGACGGUCCGGUAGGGCCGGACGGAUCACGGGCGGGAGAGACUCCAGAGCAGGUCGUCAACAGAUGCAUAAAAGCAUUUUGCGGUCUGAGCGGCGCUGAACAAGCUGGCGACGAAGUGACAUUUCUUCCUCCCAUCGUCGACGCCGCCGAGUCGUCCCCCGCAGCGGCGGCAGAAUGCGCCCGCCUCAUCCGGAAACACCUGCACCGCGACUUCUGGUCCAAGCCGUCGUGCCAGUACAACUCGAUCAUGCUGAUGCGCAUCCUCGCCGACAACCCCGGGCCGAGCUUCACGCGCAACGUCGACAAGAAGUUCUUUGACGUCGUCAAGGACCUGCUCCGCGCGGGCAGGGACCCGAGCGUGCGCCACAUGCUGAUGGAGACCCUGGACGCGUUUGAGCAGACCAAGCAGUACGACGAAGGCCUGCAACCGCUCGUCGAGAUGUGGAAGAAGGAGAAGGACAAGGCGUCCAAGAUCUACGCGAACCAUCCGCAACCGCGCACCCUCAACGCGCCGCCCUUCAACUCCUACGCCCAGACCUUCCACCACACGCAGGCGAACCGGCUGCCCAACGCCGUCGAGCUGGCCAACCGGCUCGAGGAGGCGCGCACCUCGGCCAAGCUGCUCACGCAGGUGGUGCAGUGCACGCCGCCGCAGGAGGUCAUCGGCAACGAGCUGCUGCGCGAGUUCUCGGAGCGCUGCACGUCGGCGUCGCGCAGCAUCGUCGGCUACAUGCAGGCGCAGAGCCCGGCGCCCGACAACGACACGAUGGAGAGCCUCAUCGACGCCAACGACCAGCUGCAGCAGGCCAUCAGCCUGCACCAGCGGGCCGUGCUCGGCGCGCGCAAGCAGCUCGGCCUCAACAGCGGCGCCGCGAGCCCCGCCCCGAACGAGCAGGGCGGUGCCGCCGCCGGCGCUCCGCCCCCGCUCCCGUCGCGCGACUCCCUGGCCGGGGGCGCCGGCGCCGGCGGCAAGGGCAAGUCGACGGAGCUGCUGCCGCAGAUCGGGGGCGCGGGGGCGUCCUCGUCGCGCUCGCAGAGCCACACCCCGCCGCGCCCGGAGGAGGACCCCUUCCGGGACCCGGAGCACCACCACCAGCAGCAGCAGCAGCAGCAGCAGGACAGCUCGCGGCCCGGGUCGUCGUACCGCGUGCCGCUGGGCGAGGGCUCGCGGGGCGGCGGCGGCGGGGGCGGGGGCUCGUCGUCGGCCGCGGCGGAGGAGCAGCGGCUCGCGUUCGAGCCGUACCACCCGGGCUUCAGCGCGACGCCCAGCUACCUCGACCGGCAGGAGAGCGCGGCGGACAAGGUGCACAUGCACGGCGCGGCGACGGGCGCAACUGGCGGCGGCGGCGGGUCUGCGGCGAAGAAGGAUGCGUCGUCGUCGAACGGUCCCGAGGUGGCGGCUGGGGCCGGGGCCGGCGGGAGCGCGGCGAGCCGGACGCACGAGGCUGGUCUGUAUGACGACGACGACGAUGAUGACGCGCCCAAGGCCGGGGACAAGCAGCCGAUGUACAGGUAUUGA